AUGGCUGCAGAGAAGGACUUCGAUAUAGCGAUUAUAGGCGGCGGUAAGAAGCAACCAACCAGCAAAAAAAAAAAAAAAAAGACAUUCCAGCACAAACCCUUCCUCCCGAACGGGAUACACAAUUGUGUUCUUUUCUUCUUCUUUUGGCUGACAAAACAACCAAUCUUCCUCCCUCCAGGCAUCUCAGGCCUCACCCUCGCCAUAGCCCUGCACCACCGCGGCCUGCGCGUCCAGAUCUACGAACAGGCGCCGCAUUUCGGCGAGAUUGGCGCCGGCGUCGCCUUCACCGGCAAUGCCGUCCAGGCCAUGCGACACUGCCACCACGGCGUCUAUGCGGCCUUUGAGAGGGUCCGGACGGGGAAUCUGUGGCCUUCGAAGCGGAAGGUCUGGUUUGAUUAUCAUGAUGGGUACCAUCGUUCCCAGCCUGCUGCGAGUAGUACCGAGGGGGAGGGGGAGGAGACGGAAGAAGAGACGUUUGCAUUCUCCAUCCGCAAUGAUCUGGGGCAGGCUGGGGUGCAUCGGGCGCGGUAUCUGGACGAAUUGGUGAAAUUGCUACCCGCGGAGAAGGCGGUUUUCGGGAAGCGAUUGGAGAAGUUGGAGGAGAGGGGGCGGGAAAAUGCUAAGGAUGAGAGAAGGUGGAGGUUGUGGUUUCAUGACGGGACGCAUGCGGAUGCGGACGCGGUGAUUGGCUGUGAUGGGAUCAAAUCGCAGGUGCGGGCGUGGAUGUUUGGGGCGGAGUCGCGGUAUGCGCAUCCGACGUAUACGCACAAGUAUGCGUAUCGCGCGCUGGCGGAGAUGGAGGAUGCGGUGCGGGCGAUUGGGGAGGAGAAGGCGUAUAAUGCGUGUAUGCAUGUGAGUGCCCUUCCUGUCUGACGAAGAGAGAAUCCUCAAGGAAGGAGGGAGUUGACUGAUUAAAUCUAUUUCUUGAUGCAGAUGGGUCCAGGAGGCCAUGUGAGUGGAUACCACAAUCCUUGGACUCGUGAUGAAUGCCACAGCUGAUGCUUCCCACGCAGAUGCUGACGUUCCCCGUCAACCAUGGGAAGACCUUGAACAUCGUCGCUUUCCACACCACAGAAGAUGACUGGCCCGACUACACCCGACUGACCAGGCCGGCAACGCGUGAAGAUGCCCUUCGAGAUUUCCAAGGUUACGGACACGAUGUCAGGAGUCUCCUUCAACUCUGCCAGCCGAACCUGGACAUCGUAAGUCGUCCUCGGCCCCUUUCCCCUUUCCCCCCCCAUAGAGCGGCUCACGAUACUAACAGCAAAUUCAAAGUGGGCAAUCUUCCACCUCGGCGACAACCCGCUCCCACACUACAACCACUCCUCCGUCCUCCUCAUCGGCGACGCCGCCCACGCCACCUCGCCCCACCACGGCGCCGGCGCGGGCAUGUGCAUCGAAGACAGCGCCGUCCUCGCCGACCUGCUCCACGCCUGCUGCACGCGCGCCGACCUCCCCGCCGCGUUCCAGACUUUCAACGACCUCCGCCGGGAUCGCGGCAACUGGCUCGUGCAGACCAGUCGGCAUAUCGGCGACUGCUACGAAUGGAUGGCGGACGGCGUGGGGGAUGAUUUCGCCCGCAUCGAAGCCGAGAUCAACACGCGGAAUGGCAUGAUUGCCGACGUGAGCGUCGAGGGCAUGUGUGAGCGGGCGAAGGAAGUUUUGGCGGCGAGGGUGCAGGGUGAUGGGACGAGGGGGAGACUUUGA